CUGUAUGAAAUCACUUUUCCAGGAACGAAUCCAAACCCUUGUGCCCUAAAUAAUGGCGGAUGUUCACAUUUCUGUUUGUUGUUGAACUUUCAUCCAUGGUCACAAUGCUCUUGCCCAGUUGGAAUCAAGUUGCUGGAUGAUGAAAAAACCUGCGAUCCACGUGGAAUUGACAAGAUCCUAUUUAUUUCUGCCGUCAGUGGAAUAUAUCACAUUUCUCUCGAUACUCCUGACUUUACUCCUAAGCAGAUUUUGUUCGAAGGUCUUAAUAACGACGGAUUUUCGCAUAAAUUCUAUGAUAUCGACUUUGAUCCCAUCGAAAGGAAGAUUUAUUGGAUCGAUGCUAGUGUGGGGCAGAUACGCAGGUGUUCCGGUAAUGGAUCUUCAGCUGAGGAUGUGCUGUCGAUUCCCAACUCUGUGAGGGUAUUCCGAAUUGAUUAUCUCGCCAGAAAUAUCUACUGGAUAGAUGCAAAUCUGAAUCGCCUUUAUGUGACAAAACUGGGCACUACUCAUACAAGGGUCAUCGUUGCACGAGGAGUUCUGAAGCUUCAUACAAUGGCGUUGGAUCUCAAAAAUCGACACAUCUACUUCAGUAAUGGCCGUGGUGAGCAAAGUCAUAUUGAUAGAUGCGAUCUUGACGGAAGCAACCGAACAAGAGUAGUCACUCUUGCGCCUUAUGCGUGGCCUAAUGGUAUUGCUGUUGAUGCGGACAAUUAUCACUUGUACUGGACAGAAGGGAACUAUUCUGUUGUAAGGACAGCCUUUCUGAAUGGAACUGAACAAGUGGUUAUUGGACCAGCUUCUCUGAAGUUACCUCAGCCAUAUGCAAUAUCAACCUUAGGUCAAGAACUGUUUUGCAAUUCUCUAGCCGGUCGAGCACUCAUGCGCAUUUCGACGACUGAAGGAACAGGGGCACUAACGGCUAAUGUCAUCGAGUCGUCGAUUUAUGGUCCGAUUGGAUUAGUCGCGGUUUCUUUGCACUCGACAAUUUCGAACGUCAGCAGUUGCGCGCUGUCAAAGUGCAUGCAUCUUUGUAUCGUCAGUGCUGAAGGUGUGCCAAAGUGUCUGUGUUCAAUGGGAUACGAACUGAUGAGUGAUGAACGUACGUGUCGGAAGCCUUCAUCCUACUUUGUUAUCCUUCAGGAAGACAUAACCGAUAUUUCGAGAGCGUCGCUAGAGAAGCCAAUCAAUUUCGACUCGCUAGAUAUACUGAACAUCACUGAACCACCAACGACUGCCGAUAUUGAUCAGAGAGGAAAUUAUAUCGUCUUUGGGUAUUCCUCUUCGAGAACGGGAUUCAUCAAGCGAGCUUCCUUCACUGGUGCCGUUCCGGAAACAGUCAUCAACGAUCCCACUCUUAUAGGGAUGCAUUCACUUUCUGUGGAUUGGAUCUCGAGAAAUAUCUAUUGGUCCAAUCCCUCCCGAGGCCGAAUUGAAGUUUGUGAUCAUAGCGGGAAAUAUCGAAGGACCCUGGCAUCGCGUUCCAUCAAACCAACCUCAUUGACUGUUCACCCUCUGGCUGGAGCUGUCUUUUUCGUCAAUGAACUAGCAAACGUCACUAUAAGGCGAAUGCCUCUCAAUGGUGACAGUACUGGUGGUCAGGACAUCGUGGGAGAUCUGACAUCUGUUCGUUCUCUCGCAAUAGAUUUUCGAAAGGACUUACUCUACUGGACCGAAUUCGAUGACUUUACAACUCGUAUCUCUGUUUCUAAAUUAAAUGGUGAGUUAUUAUGA